CCGGCCCACCUGGCUCAGCGCCGCCCUCGGAGCCCGCGCACCCGCGCUCACCCGCGCACCCCGCGCACCCCGCGCACCCCGCGGCCGCAGGAGGGCCCAGCGCCGCCGCCCGCGAGCUCCCAGGGCCCGGCCCGCUCCGGCGCCCGCGCUCUCGGGGCGGACUCCUGGCCCUCCGAGAUCUCCCGCCCGGCGAUGGCCCCGCUCGGAUAUUUCAUAUUCCUCUACGGCCUGAAGCAAGCCCUGGGCAACUACCCGAUCUGGUGGUCCCUGGCUGUUGGACCCCAGUACUCUUCCCUGGGGACACAGCCCAUCCUCUGCGCCAGCAUCCCAGGCUUAGUACCCAAGCAGCUGCGUUUCUGCCGGAACUACGUGGAGAUCAUGCCCAGCGUGGCAGAGGGCAUCAAAAUCAGCAUCCAGGAGUGCCAACACCAGUUCCGUGGCCGUCGCUGGAAUUGCACCACCAUCAACAACAGCCUGGCCAUCUUUGGCCCCGUGCUGGACAAAGCUACUCGGGAGUCCGCCUUCGUGCACGCCAUCGCCUCUGCCGGCGUAGCCUUCGCGGUGACGCGCUCUUGCGCCGAGGGCUCCGCUGCCAUCUGCGGCUGCAGCGGCCGCCAUCAGGGCUCGCCCGGUGAGGGCUGGAAGUGGGGCGGCUGCAGCGAGGACAUCGAGUUCGGCGGGAUGGUGUCUCGGGAGUUCGCAGAUGCGCGGGAGAACCGCCCAGACGCUCGCUCCGCGAUGAACCGCCACAACAAUGAGGCUGGGCGCCAGGCCAUCGCCAGUCACAUGCACCUCAAGUGCAAGUGCCAUGGGCUCUCGGGCAGCUGUGAAGUGAAGACCUGCUGGUGGUCGCAGCCUGACUUCCGCGCCAUUGGUGACUUCCUCAAGGAUAAGUAUGACAGCGCCUCAGAGAUGGUGGUGGAGAAGCACCGCGAGUCGCGCGGCUGGGUGGAGACCCUGCGGCCACGCUACACUUAUUUCAAGGUGCCCACAGAGCGCGACCUGGUCUACUAUGAGGCCUCACCCAACUUCUGUGAGCCCAACCCCGAGACGGGAUCUUUCGGCACGCGGGACCGCACCUGCAACGUGAGCUCGCACGGCAUAGACGGCUGCGACCUGCUGUGCUGCGGCCGCGGCCACAACGCGCGCACCGAGCAGCGAAGGGAGAAGUGUCACUGCGUCUUCCACUGGUGCUGCUACGUGAGCUGCCAGGAGUGCGCGCGCGUCUACGACGUGCACACCUGCAAGUAGAGGGCGCCGCUACCGGCCCCGCGGGUUAGAGCUCCACCUGGCGGGGGCGGGGCCCCAGUGGGCGGGGCUGGAGGCGGGGCUCUGAGGUAGAACUCCUCCGUGGGCGGGGCGGGGCGGGGCUCUGAGGUAGAGCUCCUCCGUGGGCGGGGCAGGGGCGGGGCUCUGAGGUACAGCUCCUCAGUGGGCGGGGCGGGGCUGGAGGCGGGGCUCUGAGGUAGAGCUCCUCCGUUGGCGGGGCGGGGUGGGGCGGGGCGGGGGCGGGGCUUGAGGUAGAGCUCCUGGAGCGGGGCGGGGUCCGAGCAGGACAGGGUUGAGGCUCCUGAGUGGCAUAGAGUUCUUCCCCGUCCUGCAGUGAAACCCAGGACCCUUCCUGGGUCCUCCUCUCUGGAGCUGGGGCUCCAGGGACGGGGAUUUAGCCUGCUAUUACUGGCCCUCGAAGACCACAUGGUUCCAUCGUCCCGACCUCGUCUGUGUAAAGCAGAAUCUCCUGGCAGAAUGAGCUGUGGAGAGACUGUGGGGAACAUCUUGUCCUCCUACCCCUCCCACUGAGGUCCGAGGUAUAUCCUCCAAGGAUUCCUCCCUCAAAGAUACCUGCCAACGCUCUCAACCAGGCCCUGCAGAACCGCAAGAAUGGCUGGGGUUUGGGUCAAGGAGAUAGGGCCCAGUGGCAGAAGGUUGAGGAAGGGCCUGGAACGUGUGGCCUGACUCUGUCCUGGCUGCUUUGUGCUGGGCAUCAGACACCUGGGCCCUCUUCCCAGUGUUCUGCUGUCAUCCAGGCCCCAGCAAGGCACCACGCAGCCUGGUCAGCUGUGCCCUCGACUUUGCCAUUGAUAGAGUCCUAGCCUGGUUUGCCCACCUCCCUGUCUUCACGCUCCCACAUGCACCCGAUCUCAUCCACAGGAGAGGAGCAAAGCCUCCUGUCCCAGUCUUGCUGUUGCUGGCCUCUUGGCAUCAGCACCUCUCUCCAGCUCCCUCAUUCACAGUCCUCUGUAAGGGAAAGGCAAGAAGGGGACCUAGACUCUAAGGCUGUCCAGAGUCACUGGGCUGCACUGCUGCCCAGGUCCUACUCAGCUCUAUAACCUAGCUUAGAGGCUUACCUUGGGUUGUUUGGGAGAUUUGGAGUCGGGGGAUGAUACAACACUGGUGCUACAGAGAGAGGACCCAAAGAGCCCAGAGGAGUGGUCUCUGCCCCAGCCCCUUGUGGCCAGGACUGACCCCCAGGUCCUGCUGCUAUGUCUUUGGUACACCAGACCUACCUGUCACUGGUCAUUGCGGAGUCUCCGGUUGGCUACUUGGCUUGGCCCUCAUCACAUCUGACUCAUCUAUCCUGUCUGGGAAUGAGCAAGGCCGAUGGACCCCUCAACUAAUGCCCAUAGGAACUGCCCAACAUGUGCGGCCUUGCCAAGACUUUUCCUCCUCCGCCUCUGGUACUGUGAAUUGUUGCCUGGCGCCUGGCCCUGAAGGCCUCCUCUCCAGGCAGGGGGAAAGACAAUGGAGGGACCUGCACACCCCACUAGGAAUACGACCUUCCUUUGCCUUCAAUUUUGCAUUUGUGGGUUUUAAUUUUAUUUCUGAUGCUGCUAUAUCCACCAUACACAGGAGCUAGACAAACAGA